UCUGACCUCCGACUUGACAACACACAGUCUGAGCAGCAUGGGAAAUGCGCGUAGCUGUGUUGUUGCCUCGCUCUCUGUGUGUUCCGUGUGUUUAGGCUGCAUGUACAUUUAUCGCUCUCAUAAGUUGCUGCGUCAAAAUGCGCUGAAUAGCGACAAACUUCCGAGUUUUGCGUAUCUUUACGUCAAAUAUCUGAGCAGAGCUGUGACGCGGAGAGCAGGUCAACUGUACGCGGCGCGCGCCGUAGGAGCGCGUGCUGUUGUUUACACGGUGCUCAACUGCAGGCUGGACAAAACUUUGCUGAGGAGAUUCUGCGGAGCAGCGGGGUAUGGAUGGGAUUAUCCGGACACCGAGUUCAGAGACCUCCCGCUGUGCUUCCCGGAGGUUCUCUGCUCCAGGCUAAUGCUCAUGUUGUUAACAGACCACAACUUUAGACUCAGCCCAGCAGGUCUGGUCCGUGUGCGACAGAGCCUGAAAACCCUUCAGCCAAUCGAUGAGCUGAAGAAGGGUCCGUUCACGCUGCAGGUCGCGGUGGAGGGAUACCAGCAGACGGAUGCAGGCGUGGAGGUGGACGUCUGUUUGUCCGCUGCGUCUCGUUCCGGAUGUCCGGUGUGGGAGAGCGUCCUAACGCUGCUGUCACAGGAUCGGCGCCACGAGCCCAGCAGAGACCUGCUGAGGAACGAAGAGGAGGGGCCAGAUGAUAAGGACAAUAUGAAGCAAGUGGAGGUCAGAGUUCCCAUGACUACUGGCCCUCAGUGUGUUUGGCAAUUCACCGACUACUCCCCCCAUCGCCUCCUCUCUCUGCCGGCUGUGUUCUGCGGGCUGAAGUCUCGAACAGCGCCGGGUUUCUGGAUGCUGACCGUCUGCUUGGCCGAAAUAGAAAAGCGCAAAGGUGUUGAAAUUGUGUCGGCUCCCGUCAGUGUCACGGCCCAGUUUAAGGAGACUCCGCCAGCGGCAGGAACCGUAACUAUCAGGUUCUGGGACAAGAGCAAAAACGCGGGUCGGUCUGCUGAUGAAGACCUGAGUUUCCAGGUGCAGCUGCAGGGACAAAGCUCCUCCCACAUGGUGGGACUGAUUUCUAGAACCUCAUUAACAUAGAUGAGUCAGACACUGUGACGUGCUUACGUUUUGAUUCGUUAGGUUUGCUCAGUUUGAGUGUGAUCAACACUUUUGAAGCACAACCAUGUUCUUUGGAAGUUCACAUCUCUUUUGACCCACCUUCAUUUGCAAAGUUGCUGCUACUUUUUCUCCUAAAUCCUUUGGAACCAGCAGAGUUGGACCAACCUUUUCCAUCAGAGGGUUUACAAAGUGAAAAUGAUAUGAAUAGUACACAUGGGGAAACGGCAGGUUGUGGUUUUAUAGACCAACUGCUGUUGUUGUCUGAGCCCAAAUACGACAUCAGUGCUACCUUUAAUUUCCUGGAAGUCUAAUGUCAAAUUAGACUCCAAAAAUAUUUUACAUUAUACUUUUCCAUCAAACUUAACAAAUAAAAUGAGUAGAGGAAAGGUGUACAAAGUCAAGCUUAUGUACUCAAACAUUAUUAUCCUUCAGUGCUUUAAAAACUAUUUGUCCUUUUUGAUUCUUUUUGUUAUUAUAAUAAACUUGAGUGCAACUUUACUGGGAUUUUAAAGUGCCCUCACGUUAAAAUCCAUAUUUGUAUUUAUCCCAGAGUCAGUAUUUUCUAGUAUCAUAUUUCACUUUAUUUACAGAUGUGAGUCUUUGGUCUUUAGCAGCUUUGUAAAUCCAGACUGUCAUUAUUAGUUUUUUGUCCGUUUCAGGGAGAUUAGGGCCAGAUGGAGAUUUUAUUUUUUUAAAUUAUGAGAGUAGAAUUCUAAUAUCAGUAGAAUAAAGAUGCAACAUUACCAGAAGGAAGUUGCACAAUUUCUAGAAAAAGUUGAUUUAAUGAGAGCAAACUUUGAUAUAAUUGUGAUUUAGUCCUUGUCAGAUUGUUUCAAAGUCCGACCACUGAUACUAAUUUGAUGCUGAUGUGAUAAAAGGUGAAAUAUGUCCUCUCCUGAAAAUCAAUACCUAAGUAUAACUUCACAAGAUGCUCAUCAUUACUAAUAAAAUUUUUUUUUUUGUUUUCAUAAAAAAAAAUUACUAAUUCAUUCUCUUAAUAUUAUAAAUGUAUUCUGGUAAUAUUAUGUCUUUAUUCUUGUGUUAUUACGUCUUUUUUAUGGUAUUAAUCCGACUUUAUUGCUGUAAUAUUCGGAGCUUAUUCUCCUAUUAUUUCGACUUCAUUGUUGUACCACUUUAUUGUCGUAAUUUUUUUUUCUUAGCCUGGCCCUAAUACUCCCUUCGUAGGAUGGAGAACGUCUGUCAGCAAAAAUGUUCACGUACCAAUUUUCUGAUCAUCUUUGACUAGGCCAUUCUAACUCAUAAACAGGAUCUAGUUUAAACCAUUGGUUCGAUGUUUCGGGCUAUUAUCAGUCGCCGGCGUGUUUUUUGCUUGUUUUAAAAUAUCUGCUGGGAAAAAUCUGUGUUCAUUUCUUUUGGUUCUUAGCUUACAGGAUGAUUUAUCACCAGAAGAAUCUUCACUUUGUUUCAGUAAUAAUAAAUGUUUUGUCUAGUUUCCCUUCAGCAGGUUCCAGUCAGAUUGAGGUUACGGUUUACGGCGGACGUUUUGUAGACCUACUGAACACUUUGUCGGUGCUGUGUCUACCCGCUGACCGCAUUGGGUCAAAGCAAACAUCACGCCUGCUGUGACUGAACAUUUUUCAAUAUUUCAUCACUCCAGUAUUACCAUUUGCAGCUUCCAUGUGUGUGAGAGUCUGUCCUCUUGGAUUAUUUAUAUGCCGCCCUUCAGUGUGUGGCACAGAGAGGAGUGGCUCUCCAUGCAUCGCUGCACAGCUGAAAGGUCUGAGUUUACAAAAUUUGGUUGUUUUGAAAAGUCUUAGGCUUUUUGGGGUCAAACAAAAUGGACUAGGAGGGUUUGAUUACAGUUGAAAUGCAAUUUACUAGGUGUUUUCUAAUAAUAUACACAUUUUUGUUGGGGUUUUUUUUUAGGAUUUGGAUGGAUUUUUUUUCUAAGAUUAUAAAAUAUUUAUGACCUCCUCUGUCUUCUGGUUGAAAAUGACUUCUGAUGCGUCUGUCAGGAUAGCAUUACAAAGAGUGGGGCUCUUUGUUAGAACGUAGUUUAAUGUUUAAAUUGGCCCUAAAAUGUGUUAAAUUUCGUCUGUAAAUUCACCGUAAUAAAGCUCCAUUAGCCAUGUUGUGCAUGUCACUGCUUUCGCAUUUUAUGUCAUGUAAAAGGAGCCCCAACCAAGUGUUGACUGCAUAAACGUGGAGACACUUUUUAGUAGCCUCUCAUUUUUGUGUGGAAAAAUGUUUUUUUGUUUUUAUCUCUAUAAGAUAUUCACAUUUUUCAAGAAAUUUAUUUUUACACCAAUUUACUGUUUAUUUUACCAAAUUAACAGUGAAAAUAUGUCAAUCUGUAAUUAAUCUGUAUGAGCUUAACAUACACAUCUGAAUUACUGAAAUACAUUUACAUUUCAAUGAUAUUUGAAUUUAUUGAGAGGACCUCUGUGUAAAAACUAGCUCCAUAUUGUUUUCAUUAAAGCUGCAGUAUGUAACUUUUAUUAUUUUUAAAUAUGUUUUGACCGGAGAGUAUUAGACCCGACAGAUGAUCUGGAAAAAAAAACUGAGCUCCUCUGCCUGUUCUCAGUGCUCUCAGUGCACAUGGCAGAAACAACCAAUCAGAGCCAGGAGGAGGGUCUUAGUGCUGUCAAUCACUCUCAUGUAGCCUGGCCCGAAUGUUCAGGUUAGUUAGUGUGACCGCCGAUGACGGCAGAUAAACAGUUUCUCUGGAUUGGUAAGUUGUUUUUCCACCAUUAGCACAUUGUUAAAUACACAAACAUGAUUGACGACGCUAAGACCGUCCUCUUGCCUCUGAUUGGUUGUUUCUGACCCAGAGCUGUGUAUUUCUUCAGACAGCAAUAGCAUCACGAGGAGAUGGAGAAGCUUGAUUUUUUUAUUUUUUCAUAGAUUAUCUGUCUGAUAGCAUUCUGUAACAAUAUGGUGACACGUUCAACAACUAUGGAAAAGACAUAUAUUUGUAAAAGUUAUGUGUACUGCAGCUUUAUGCAACUGUUAGAAUUGUAUACACUUGACUAAAUAGACUCGUAUUUAGUUAAUUAAAAAUGACACGUAUCUGUAACCAAUCAUGUUGGUGAUUUUGGUUUAAGGCGUGGUUUGUUCUCAGAGCAGUUGUAGUUUCUAAGCGGAGGCUGGGAGUGUCUUUGUUUCCAGUCUCUGCUCAGAUGAGAAGUCAUUUCCACCGGCUGUACGGAGGAUCAGAGGGAGGCAAACGGCUCAGACGGCUUCAGGACCGAUCUGUGAAGUAGUGAGGAGGUGGCAGCAGUGCCAGCACUUCCUUCUCUCCGCCACCAGGGAGCAGCAGUGCAGAGGUCUAGCAUGACUGCCUCUGAGUGGCUUUUAAAAUGCACCCCGGGAAUGGCCACGUUAUGGAAGUCAGCGCUCACAAACGAGGAGACCAGGUCAGGAGCCGAGAUGAUACAACACAUAGGGUUCCGUCUGCUCCGGAUCUCAUUCCUAGAACCGAAAAGGAACAAACGGUCAGCAUGAGAGGUGAGACGAUCCACAGAAACUCUACACCGGUCUUGGAUUCAAGCAGCCACAUCUACUCAGGCCCUGACGACAACUCCACAGAGCCACACGAGUCGCUCACAGAGUCCUCCACCAUCACCUUCGUAGAGGGCUACACUCUGGAGGAGUCGGUGGAGGACCACAGUCUGCAGGGAGCAGGGACGACGUACCUUAAGGAGUUUGUGUUGAUAGAUGACGACGAAGACGGGGACAUGUCGCUGAGGGAGAAAACUGUGACGGACUUCUCCAUCAGGGACGGAAACGCCGCCGACCUGGUGUGCGGGAGGCUCCUGUCCACGUCCACGGGCUCGCUGUCCGAGUCCAAGGACGAGUCUUCGGUUCGUGGCCCCCCACCGCCUGAGGAGGCCGAGGCAGUACACAAAGACGGUCCCUGCUGCUCCUGCACCGUGCUAUGACUGGUCAGGAGCUUCUGAAACCCAAUGACACAGCCUUGCAAAAGUAUUCAUACUUGUUAAACGUUCUGGGAUUUUCUUAAGCUACAACUAGGGAUGCACAGAUACGAGAACAACCACAUGUUAUCAUUCUUUGUAAAGCCUUUAUAUGCAUGAAAACUUUAAGUUCCACUUCCAUUUCUACUGGCUUCUUGCCUUUCAGGAGAAGUGAUUUGUGAUAUGAAGCACAUCUAUACUUACUGGUUAAACUGUUUUUUAGACACUUCUUAAUAUUGACUUCCUGAAUUUUUUUCAUCUACUUUUUCUUUAAAGGAAAGAUGUUUAUUUUGAUUUCCAUGCACAGAAUUUUAGCUUAGAUGAUCAGUCUUGAGGUUAACAAAUACUUCUCUAAAGUUUGUUAGAAUUUUUUUAUACUAAACCAAAUGCAUGUUUUUUUUAGAUCUGUUCAUGGUGAAGGGUUUUAGGAGAACUACACAGCAGUUCAUAACAAAUGGGGGCCAACCUGAAAUAAAUCAAACUUUUAAGGUC